AGUUGGGUUCCGCGCCGGAGUCCGCUGCAACUCAGUUGGCUAGCGGCUGAGACUGCGAUGGCUGCUUCGCUGCAGCGUAUCGAGCGGCUGUCCAGUCGGGUAGUGCGCGUUUUGGGCUGUAACCCGGGCCCAAUGACCCUACAGGGCACCAACACCUACUUGGUGGGGACCGGCUCCAGGUGCAUCCUUAUUGACACUGGAGAACCCUCAGUUCCAGAAUAUAUCAGCUGUUUAAAGCAAGCUCUUACUGAAUUUAACACAGCAAUCCAGGAAAUCCUGGUGACUCAUUGGCAUCAUGAUCAUUCUGGAGGCAUAGAAGAUAUUUGUAAAAACAUCAGUAAUGACACUACCUAUUGCAUUAAAAAACUCCCACGGAAUCCUCAGAGAGAAGAAAUUAUAGGAAGUGGAGAGCUACAGUAUGUUUUUCUGAAAGAUGGAGACGUGAUUAAAACUGAAGGAGCCACUCUAAGAGUCAUAUACACGCCUGGCCACACUGAUGAUCACAUGGCUCUACUCUUAGAAGAGGAAAAUGCUAUCUUUUCUGGGGAUUGCAUCCUAGGGGAAGGAACAACUAUAUUUGAAGACCUCUAUGAUUAUAUGAACUCCCUAAAAGAGUUAUUGAAAAUCAAAGCCAAUAUUAUCUAUCCAGGACAUGGACCAGUAAUCCGUGAUGCGGAAGCUAAAAUUCUCCAGUAUAUUUCUCACAGAAAUGUCCGAGAAAAACAAAUUCUUACUUUAUUUCAUGAGAACUUUGAAAAAUCAUUUACAGUAAUGGAUCUUGUAAAAAUCAUUUACAAGGAUGUUCCUGAGCAUUUACAUAAAAUGGCUGAGCGUAACCUCUUGCUUCAUUUGAGAAAACUAGAAAAAGAAGGAAAAAUAAUUAGCAACACAGAUCUUGACAAGAAAUGGAAAGCUGUACUUUAGUUUCAGAUCAAUGGAAGCUUUGCUUUGCUGUAAAAAGAUGGUGUGUUUUCUUGGCUAUGGAUAAUUUAUAGCGAAUAUAGUAUGUAGAACUUUGCAACUAACCCUAGA